ACUCGCACUCUACGAACAGCUGAUGCGCCAGACCGGUUCGCAGACGUGGAAAGAACGCACAAAACUCCCUUUUCCGGCGCACAAACCCUCCAAGAGUCCAAGAUGUACAAGAACCUGGAGGAGCACAACCGGCUGGUGAACAAGUACCUGAAGAUCUUCUUCGUGGUGGCCCUCUACUGGUGCACCUCGAUUCUGACGGUCUUCGUGAACAAACACCUGCUGAGCAGCGACACCGUCAACCUGGGGGCUCCGCUGUUCAUGUCCUGGUUCCAGUGCGUCGUCUCCACGGUCAUCUGCUUCCUGAUGAGCCGGCUGAGCAGGAGGUAUCCGUCGGUCUUCACCUUUCCCGAGGGCAACCCGCUGGACAUAGACACCUUCCGGAAGAUCCUGCCCCUGUCCGUGCUCUACACGCUGAUGAUCGGGGCCAACAACCUCUCGCUGGCGUACGUGACGGUGGCGUUCUACUAUAUCGGCCGCUCCCUGACCACGGUGUUCAGCGUGGUGCUGACCUACGUGAUCCUGCGCCAGCGCACCAGCUUCCAGUGCCUGCUGUGCUGCGGCGCCAUCGUCAUUGGCUUCUGGCUGGGCGUGGACCAGGAGAGCCUCACGGAGGUCUUCUCCUGGCGGGGCACCGUCUUCGGGGUGCUCAGCUCGCUGGCCCUGGCCAUGUUCUCCAUCCAGACCAAGAAGUCGCUGGGCCACGUCAACCAGGAGGUGUGGCUGCUCAGCUACUACAACAACCUGUACUCUACGCUGCUCUUCCUCCCGCUGAUCAUCAUCAACGGGGAGCUGGAGACCAUUAUCACGUAUCCGCACCUGUGGGCCCCGUGGUUCUGGGCCGCCAUGACGCUCAGUGGAGUGUGUGGCUUCGCCAUUGGAUUCGUCACCGCUCUGGAAAUCAAGGUCACCUCGCCGCUCACGCACAACAUCUCGGGCACUGCCAAGGCCUGCGCCCAGACCGUUAUUGCCACCCAGUAUUACCAUGACGUGCGGUCGGCGCUCUGGUGGACCUCCAACGCGGUGGUCCUCGUGGCCAGCGCCGCCUACACGCGGGUCAAGCAGCUGGAGAUGCUGCGCCAGCACCAGCAGCGAAACGCCGCCACCCAGAAGGCCUAGAGGAGCAAUGUAACCGCCAAAGUAACGUAGACUGCUUAGGACUCUAGGAGAUGUAGGUUUAAAGUAUGCACAAGCGAUCCAUGAACAAGAAUA